CCCUUCUCCUGCCAUAGCCCAGCCCACCACCUUCUCUUCUCCCUCGCCCACCUCCCUCCCUCCAACCUCAUGGCGGCGGCGCUCGCGUCCCCCCGCUGCUUCUGCCGCCCGUCCCCGCGCCCUUCCAGCCGCCGUCGCCCCGUCGCCAGCUGCGCCGCCUCCGAGAAAAGGAAUUCAUUUAGCUGGAAAGAAUGUGCAAUUUCUGUAGCUUUGUCGGCUGGAUUAAUCACUGGCGCACCAACGUUAGGGUGGUCAGCACAUGCUUCUCCUCUUGAUCCAGUGCUCCCAGAUCUUUCAGUUUUGAUCUCUGGACCUCCCAUUAAAGAUCCUGGUGCUUUAUUGAGAUAUGCUUUGCCAAUAGAUAAUAAAGCUGUUCGUGAAGUUCAAAAACCACUUGAGGAUAUCACUGACAGUCUCAAGAUUGCUGGUGUUAGAGCCUUGGAUUCAGUUGAAAGAAAUGUAAGACAAGCAUCUAGGGCACUGAGUAAUGGGAGGAACCUAAUCCUUGAUGGUCUUGCUGAAUCUAAAAGAGCAAAUGGGGAGGAAUUAUUGGAUAAAUUGGCUGUUGGACUUGAUGAACUUCAACGAAUUGUUGAGGACAGAAACAGGGAUGCAGUAGCUCCAAAGCAGAAAGAACUUCUGCAAUAUGUUGGAACUGUAGAAGAAGACAUGGUCGAUGGAUUCCCCUUUGAAGUGCCAGAAGAGUACAGCAGCAUGCCUCUUCUCAAAGGAAGGGCUACCGUGGAUAUGAAAGUUAAGAUUAAGGACAAUCCCAAUGUAGAGGAUUGCAUAUUUCGGAUAGUUCUGGAUGGUUACAAUGCUCCUGUCACAGCUGGGAACUUCUUAGAUCUGGUGGAACGGAAGUUUUAUGAUGGCAUGGAAAUUCAAAGAUCUGAUGGUUUUGUUGUUCAAACUGGAGAUCCUGAGGGACCAGCUGAGGGAUUUAUUGAUCCCAGUACUGGUAAAGUUCGUACUAUACCUCUUGAGAUAAUGGCCGAUGGUGACAAAGCGCCUGUAUAUGGUGAAACACUUGAAGAACUUGGCCGCUACAAGGCUCAAACAAAGCUUCCCUUUAAUGCAUUUGGAACAAUGGCAAUGGCUAGAGAUGAAUUCGAUGACAAUUCUGCUUCUAGCCAAAUCUUUUGGUUGUUAAAAGAGAGUGAGCUAACACCAAGCAAUGCCAAUAUAUUGGACGGGCGGUAUGCGGUUUUCGGAUAUGUAACCGAGAAUGAGGACUACUUGGCAGACCUGAAGGUUGGGGACGUCAUUGAAUCGAUUCAAGUUGUCUCAGGAUUAGACAACCUCGCCAACCCAAGCUAUAAGAUUGUAGGAUAAAAUGAUUUUUCUCCAGAGUUCCUUGAUCAUAGGCAAUUAUUUACCAUAUUGGAAUCGGUGUAAUUAAAGUGCAAAUAAUUUCAAACCUCAUCUCAUGACCUUCUGUGUUUUGUGCUUAGAGUUUUGCAAUGUGCGGAAUUCAAUAUUACUUGAAAGUGGAGCUACAUCCA